AAAUCCUUAAUUUUUUAUUUUAGUUUUUAAUUAAGAAAACAAACACAAAAAAAAAAAAAAAACAAAAACCCUAUUAUAGUUACAAAAGAAAUUUUUGUUUUUUCUUAGAAAAUAUAAAAAAAAAAAAUUAACAAAAUUAAUUUUAAUAUUAUGGAUAUGACGGCGACAGCAGAAUCAGCUCGAAGUUGGUAUGAAAAUCCUAGAUUAGGUAGUUCACCAGGUAGUACUGGUUUAUCAUCAGCUGGUAGUGGUCAUCAAAGUUUAUCAAGUGGUUCAGCUGGUGGUUUAGAUACAGAUAUGAGUCCAUUUUAUGCAUUAGAAACAUCAAGUCAUCAUAGACGUUAUUAUUCAGCUAGUUAUCAUCCGACACAUGCUUCCCGAAUGCCAUCAUCACACACCUCGCCACAAGUAUGUAGACCACAUUUUCAUGCACCGUUAACACCAUGGUUGACAAGUGAACAUAAAUCAUUUCCACCUGGUAGCCCUUGGGGUACACCAUUUGCUUGUCCACAGGAUCCACAUCAGGAUAAAGUUAGUCAAGUUCAAAAUCAUCAAGCAAGUCAACAUGCAUUUCCAUUUCCACCGACACCACCAAAAGACUCAACACCGGAUUCAAUACAAACGGGUCCAUCUGAUUAUCAGGCUGCAGUUAAUGCAUUUAUGCAUCAAGCUCAGCAAUCAACUACCUCAGUUGGAGCAGAUACAGGCUGUGCACUUGAUAUAAAACCAUCAAUACAAAGUGGUGGUGGAGGUAGCGGAGGCGGUGUAGUCCCUGGUGGUGUAACAAAUCCGUUAGGUAGUGCUACAUCUAGUGGUAACAAUGGAAAUAAUCAAUCAACAGCUCCAAAACAACGUGAAGGUACAACAACAAACAAUUUAAAUACAAACAAUAGUAAUAACAACAACAAUAAUAGUAAUAAUAAUAAUAAUAGUAAUAAUAAUCAUAAUACAACAAAUCAUAAUAAUCAAUUAAAUUCAACAUUAAAUGGUACCAGUAGUAGUAUGUUUGAUACAACUGCUGUACAAAAUGCAAUGUAUUCAACUGGUUAUGAUAGUCCAUAUGCAGCUGCAUAUCACCAUCAUCAUCAUCAUCAUCAUCAAUCGAAUGGAUCAAUAUUUCAAUCAUCUAGAAGUAAUGUUGGUAGCCAAAAUAUAAAAUCACAAAGAACAAAACCUCGUACAAGUGCUGAAGGUCGAGAAUGUGUAAAUUGUGGUGCAACAUCAACUCCAUUAUGGCGAAGAGAUGGUACAGGACAUUAUUUAUGUAAUGCAUGUGGACUUUAUUAUAAAAUGAAUGGACAAAAUAGACCUCUAAUUAAACCAAAAAGAAGACUGUCACUUCAGAGCGCUGCGAAACGUGCGGGGACAUCGUGUGCAAACUGUAAGACUACCACAACAACACUCUGGCGAAGGAAUGCUAGCGGUGAACCAGUGUGUAAUGCUUGUGGCCUUUAUUAUAAGUUACAUAAUGUUAAUCGUCCACUAACAAUGAAAAAAGAAGGCAUACAAACAAGAAAUCGUAAAUUAUCAUCAAAAUCAAAAAAGAAAAAGAAUUUAGGUGGUGCAUGUCUUCCGAUUAGUAGUCAUCUUGGUGUUGGUAUGAGUGACUUAAUAAAACCAUUAGAUCCAUCAAAAACAUUUGGGAGUGGAUUUUCAGCUUCAAUGGGUCAACAUGGACAUUUAUCAGGAGGAUUACAUCCAGCACAUGCGCAUAUGCAUGGUGGAUGGUAUGCAAGCGGAAUGGGGGCAUUAAGUGCUUCAAGCGGUUUACAAGGUGGAUUUUCAACAGCUGGUUCCUUAGCGGGUAGUGUUGUGCCUCAUUCACAGUCGUAUCAUUUAGGUUUAAGCUCGGUAGGGUCAUGGCGACCUGACUAUACGUGAUGGACGGAGAAUAGUUUAAAUGGAAAUUUUUUUUAAUAAUAACAAAACAAAAUAGGAUUUCUUUGUAAUUAUUAUAAAUAUAAUUAUAAAUAUACAUAAAAAAUAAUUAGAUAUAUAUAUAUAUAUAAAUAAAUAAAUAAAUAAAUAAUUAAAAAAAGAAAAACAAAAAUAAAAAGAGAAAAAGAUUUGCUUACAUGCAAUCAAUAAAAUAAAAUA